CAUUGGUGGCAGUGUUGACACCGGCGCCAUCUUGGCCGGACCAGAUGCUAGCGGGACGGAAGACGACGUCAUAAUUACCAUGUCCGAGAAGCAAGCCGACCCUGAUAUGAAAGGUUGGCUGUAUAAGUGGACCAACUACCUUAAGGGAUACCAGAAGAGGUGGUUCGUCCUCACCAAUGGCCUACUUUCCUACUACAGGUCGCAGGCUGAGAUGCUGCACACCUGUAGGGGCACCAUCAGCCUACACGGGGCAGUCAUUCACACGGAGGACUCGUGCAACUUCGUCAUCAGCAACGGAGGUACCCAGACGUUCCACCUCAAGGCGUCGUCAGAGGUGGAGCGCCAAAAGUGGGUUACCGCACUGGAGCUCGCGAAGGCUAAAGCUAUACGGCAGAUGGAAAGUGGAGAGUUGCCAGUAGGGGAGGAUUGGCCAUUAUAUAUACAAGACGAAGAUGAGGAGGAUGUGGGUGACGCAGGCGCAGACGACGUGGCCAACACCCUGAAGGUCCUUACCGCGAAGCUAGAGGACCUAAGGACUUGCCAUGACCUUAUAAUCAAGCACGGGGCGGCCCUUCAGAAGUCCCUGAGUGAGCUGGAGGUCCUUGACGGCAGCACGCAGGACCUCACAGCUAAGACCAAGACUGUGAACGAAAGGGCGACUCUCUUCAGGAUAUCCUCAAACGCCAUGAUCAAUGCCUGCAACGACUACGUGGAUGUGAGCAGCACCGCGGGCCGCAAGUGGCACCGACUGCUACAACAUGAGCGAGACCAGCGGCUGAGGCUGGAAGACAUGGUGGAGCAGCUCGCCCGCCAGCACUCUCACCUGGAGCAGGAGGCCAAAGAACAGAUGAGUCAGGCCAUGCCACCAGAUGCGCAAGGCCCGACGCCCACCAACCAAAAGGCUAUAGAAGGAUCACCUGUAACAGAGGAGAUCGAUUCAGGACACAGCCACAGCGAUGACGAGGAGGAGACGGAGUUUGAAGAUGCCGUGGAAGAACUGGCCGAGAAUUUUAUCGUUCACGUCAACACAGCACAGGCACACAAGCGGUCGAGCUCCAAUGUGUCUCAGGUGUCAGAGGGGCAGGGGGUGGGGGACACUGUGUCAGCCUCCAGCAGCGAAGGAGAAGGGCAGGAGAACACUGUACAAGUCAUCAUGAGGAAAGACAACAACACUGACAGUAGCUACAGUCUGAGCGAGGAGAUGGCAAGCCUGAACGGGUCACAGGCCACCACGCCCACAGAGGAGGUGAAGCAGCCCAACGGGAGACCUAAGAGGCAGAGGAGAACGAGGGUCCCAGAGAAGCCAAACUACCCCAUUAAUCUUUGGUCCAUUAUGAAAAACUGCAUUGGCAAGGAACUCUCAAAGAUACCCAUGCCUGUGAACUUCAGUGAACCUUUGUCCUUCUUGCAAAGACUCACUGAAGACUUUGAGUACAGUGAUAUCUUGGACAGGGCAUCACAGAUAGAGGACUCGUGUGAGCAGCUGUCCCUUGUGGCGGCCUUCACGGUGUCGUCGUAUGCCACCACCGCGGUGAGGACGGCCAAACCCUUCAACCCACUGCUGGGGGAGACGUACGAGUGUGACCGCACCGAGGACCUGGGCUGGCGCGCCAUCAACGAACAGGUGUCCCAUCACCCCCCCAUCGUGGCGCAGUAUGUGGAGGGGAAUGCCGGGUGGUCGAGCUGGCAGGAGUUUGCUAUGUCAUCCAAAUUCCGAGGCAAAUACCUGCAGAUUAUCCCCCUCGGCAUUGCGCAUCUCGAAUUUGGGAACACGGGCAACCACUACACUUGGCGCAAAGUCUCCACCACGGUACACAACAUGAUCGUAGGGAAGCUCUGGCUGGAUAACCAUGGGGAGAUGGAGAUCGUUAACCAUCAAACUGGCGAUAAGUGUUGUCUGAAGUUUGUCCCCUAUUCCUAUUUCUCCAGGGAGACUCCUAAGAAGGUGACAGGGUAUGUGGUGGACAGCGAGGGCACCCUGAAGUGGUUUAUUACGGGUAUGUGGGACGAGAAGAUUGAGGCGUGUCGGGUGAUCUCACAGUCACUGAGAGGAGGCAAGCCAGUGUAUGAGACCAGCCCUCCCAAAGUCCUGUGGAAGAGAAAUCCUAUUACGCCAGAUGCAGACAAAUACUACAACUUUACUGAAUUAGCGUGUCAGUUGAACGAGCCUGAGGAACUUGUUUGCCCCACUGACUCCCGCAACCGCCCAGACCAGAGGCUCAUGGAGGAAGGGAACUGGGAUGAUGCGAAUGCUGAGAAACUGAGACUGGAAGAGAAGCAGAGGGCAACCAGACGCCGUAGGGAGGCUGAAGCAGAGCAGGCAGCAGCAGAAGGCCGCGAGUACCCGGCCUACAGCCCCAUGUGGUUCCGCAAGGAGACGGACGACAUUACCGGAGCACUCAUCUUCCGCUACACACACGAGUACUGGGAGUGCAAGGAACGGCAGGACUGGUCGAGGUGUCCAGACAUCUUCUAGUACCUACCCGCCGCCCACCGCCCGCCUUACUUCACCUCCGCCGCGCCCGCACAGCGCCCAGCGACCUGGAGAGGCAGCGGCGCCGCCCCCGCGUGUCUCUGGGGGAGGGGCCCAGGCCACGGCCACCCCAUCUAGCGUCACCGUUGCUGCCGCUCGUCCCUUCGUGCUUCUUCCUGUGGCGACUGGAUUGCAUUGUGUGUUCCAAGCCUUCCCGGCCCGGUCCUCCACACCAGACACCAGACAUAUCACGUCCUCGGCCGCCGCCGCCGCCACGCACCGCCUCGCGCCCCACGGCUGCCGCUCAACCCCUGCCGUGACGCCGCCGGUCCUGGCAGCGGUCACCAGCGAGGGGCGCACCACACACACACACCUCACGCUCACCGUACCACUCGUAGACUUACUCCAUAUCAAGGAUCCGGAUCUGCCCUCGGAGGCUUCAGGUGCUAAUGCUGUGUUUUGGCUGCCAGUCCCCAGGCCCCAGACCCCAGGCCACCAGGUGCCUAGGUCCCCAGCCCCCAGGUCCCCUGACCCUAGGCCCCAGGUCACCAGGUGCCUAGGUCCCCAGGCCCCAGGUUGCCAGGUCCCAGGCCUCAGGUCAGCAGGUGCCCAGGCCCCAUGGCCCAGCUUGGCAGGGCGUGGCUGGGAGUGGUGGUGCAGUGCCAGGGAGGGCCGGGCCGGGCCGGGCCGGCUGUGUGAGGGGCAGACUGUGUGAUUCUGGCACUCUUUGGCACUGUUUUGUAGUUUUCACAUCAUAUACUGUGUUCUUUGUUUGUAAGAAAUAUUUGAGUACCCCUCAACUAUUGUUUGAUUGAGUUGGGUGUAAUUUAUAAUCUGUUAGAGUAUCGGGACUCGUGCAAACACUCGCAGUGAUCGGCUGCGCGCUGUACAGAUAUAUUUUCUCGAGUAUUCCCUCAUUUAGUUGUUAAGAAGACCGUGAUGGUUGAAUAAUGCUUGUGUACAGGAUAUUUUCCCUUCCCACGAUAGCAUAUUUAUUGGAAAUAUUUUUUCAAAUUGUUGCGUGGCCGCCGUGCGUCGGCCACUUGUACACUUGGGUUUGGGUGACGGGAGGAAGACGGGAGGAGGCGGCCAGGCAGCGGCUGCACAAAGACCCGCGCGUCUGAGGGACGAUUCCUGCCGUAGCGUGUGACCCGCCAAUCAAAGUAAUCGUUAGUCACUAGCCAGUCACAGUCACUCCCCAGCAGGCAAUACCAGUACUGAGUGUGCCCUAGGCCAGCCAGCCGUCUCUCACAGCAUCGGUUAGUCUUGUGAUGGUAGUGUAGGACAGUACUCAAAUUGUUAAGUUUGUGGCAUACGCUAAAACUUCUCACAAAUGCAGAUGGGAACUGUUUAUAUCACGUAGAAGUGUUGUUGAUAUCCAACCUGCGGCUCACGGCUCAUGUUUUAAAAAGGAGUUAGCUAACGCGCUUUACAACAAUUCAAAUUCUAUUAUAUAAUUUUUAAAAACGAAUAUUAAAAUAAGCAUCUAGCAUUCCAUUGUAUUUUUUCCUCCAGCUUCAGAAAACAAGAGUGAAAGAUUAGUGUAGAGUCCCCCCUACCCCCAUGACCCCCUCAGCCCCAGACCUUGUCACUCAUCCUGGACAACCCCCCCCCCCACCCCCCAGCGUGUCUGCCUGCCCUGCCUACCCACCUGUUUGUCUGUCCGUCUGUCUGCUGGAGGGUCGCCGGCAGGCCUCCCGUUGUCUGAGUGCCCAUGUGAGGCAAGUGUCGGGCUUGCCAAGGUUGGAAUUGUGUGAUUAUUUUGUGUAAAGACUGAUGAGUAUUGAAAUAUGUUAGCCAGUAAUUUAUAAUAUUUAAUCAUCUGCCUUGUUUUACUUUAUUUUUCUGUCCAUGGGCUGAGUGGAAUUUAUAUAUAUAACUGUAUAAAGCUAUAGUCUGUAUCAUAUUGUUACUGGGUAUAAAGUAAAGGCAUUUAUUGUGUGUGGGGAUUCACUAUAUUGUUUCCAUGCUGGAAAAAAAAAAUAUAUAUAUAUAUGUAGAACAUUUUACGGUUUUCCACAAAUGAGAAGAAAGUUGUGAUUGGAAAGAUUUUUGAGGAACAUUUCCAUUUUCCAAAAUUGAAGGAUUUAUGAGUACAUUUGGUGAUAAAAAAUAUUUACAGAACAAGAAAUGUGAUCACACACACACACACACACACACACACACACACACACACACACACACACACACACACACACACACACACACACACACACACACACACACACACACACACACACACACACAG